UGCCCCCCGACGGGAGCCGGGCGGUGACCGGACGAGGGUCGCUGGGUACCGGCCGGGAUGGAGCCGCCGCCGCCCGCCUGAGUCCCGCAGCCGCCCGGGGGGCACCCCAGCCCCGGGGGGAGGAUGGCGCUCAGCUCCCGGGCUCACGCCUUCUCGGUGGAAGCUCUGGUGGGACGUUCGGCCAAGAGGAAGGUGCCAGAGGGUCCCGACGAGGACAGCGGGGCCGGCACCAGGCAGAACCGCAGGGCCCCGGAGCCGGAAAAGCGGCCCAAGGGCGGCGCGGAGAGUCGGGAGGCGGGGGCCGGGGUGCAGGUGGAGCUGCAGGGAGCCGAGCUCUGGAGGAGGUUCCAUGAGAUCGGCACCGAGAUGAUCAUCACCAAGGCCGGCAGGAGAAUGUUCCCGUCGGUCAGGGUGAAGGUGAAGGGGCUGGAGCCACUCAAGCACUAUUACAUCGCCAUCGAUGUCGUGCCGGUGGACUCCAAAAGAUACAGGUACGUGUAUCACAGCUCGCAGUGGAUGGUGGCGGGGAACACGGAUCACUCCUGCAUCACCCCCCGGCUCUACAUCCACCCCGACUCCCCCUGCUCGGGGGAGACCUGGAUGAGGCAAAUCAUCAGCUUCGACCGGGUGAAGCUCACCAACAACGAGAUGGACGACAAGGGACACAUCAUCCUUCAGUCCAUGCACAAGUACAAGCCCCGCGUCCACGUUAUCGCCCAGGAUUCCCGCUUCGACCUGGCGCAGAUCCAGUCGCUUCCGGCCGAGGGGGUGCAGACCUUCUCUUUCCAGGAGACCGAAUUCACCACCGUGACGGCUUAUCAAAACCAACAGAUCACGAAGCUGAAGAUCGACAGGAAUCCCUUCGCCAAAGGAUUUCGGGAUCCCGGGAGGAACAGGGGGGUCCUGGACGGGCUCCUGGAGACCUACCCGUGGCGGCCGCCCCUCGCUCUGGAUUUCAAGGCUUUCGGCGCAGACAACCAGGGUGGGAGCUCCAGCUCUUCGCCGGUGACAUCCAGCGGUGGGACACCCUCUCCUCUCAACCCCCUGCUUUCUCCAUCCUGCUCACCUCCUACGUUCCACUUGUCAGCAAGCAACAUGGGCGUGCCGUGCCCCGAGACCUACCUGCACAACCUCAACGUGCCCCUCUACUACAAGAUUUGUCCUACGAGCUUCUUAAGACAACAGCCUCUCGCCUUGCCAAGCCACGAAAAACUGGGAAGCAGCAACCCGCAUCUUUUACCCCACUUGGUGGUGGAUAUGCCAAAACUAUCUUCCCUCGGCAUAACCAAUCUAAAAAACGCUAAAGCCGAAGACUUAAACGGGCAAUGUCUACAAGUCCCCAGUUCUGCUAGUCAAGUGCUGUAUGGAUUACAUGCAUCUGGAAACAUUUUCCCAUCAAGUCCCAUUGCUCGGGAAGCACUUAAUUGUUCUUUACAUCCUCCAUAUGGCUUGUACGGUUAUAACUUCUCAGUGCCAUCCAGACUGAUGAAUGCAGCAAGCCAUUUCAAAGUGAGUGACAGCAUUCCAGCUUCUUUGAGAGAUGGCAGAUGUAAUCACUCUAACUGGCACCCAACAAUUAACCAUUGCCUUUAGUGGAAUUAUAUAAUGUUUCUAAGCAUUGAUAUGUAAAGCAAGUCUCUCCUUCCUUCAUACCCAAGGGCUUGCUAGUUAUUGACUAUGAAAUACUGCAUGGUACAGGAGCGGUAUCUUUAGGCAUUUAACUUUCUUUUGGUGGGCAAACAUGUCGUGUUGUUGGAAGGAUGGAGGUCUGGGAGCGUGGAGGGUCUGAGAUGAUCCAGAGCAAGAUGAUGCCUUUCAGUAAAGUUUAUGUCGUGGUUGUAUGUUGAAAGCAAACUGUACAGUCGCCUUUUCCUAUUUGCACUCUGAAGUGGAAACGUAGAAAUAUACAUUUCUACAAAUGUGUGUUCCUGAAACUCUCUAUCUAGCUUGCCUUUAGUCAGCUCAGAGCCCUGGUGAGCUCUGAGCCUUUCCACUGAUUUAAAAGGGACUAUUUGAGACCUCGAGUCAGAAAAGGAGCUGUAUUUGCCCAAAUGCUUGAGCAUGUUCUCAAAUUCCCUUGGCUUUAAUGGGUCCUAAUUAAUGACGUGAAAGUGCCUUGUUUCUCCAGGACCCAAGUGACUCGAUUAUUGGAGUUGGGGUGUAAAUUCAGGCAUCUGCUGCCAAGGUAAAGAGAGAUGGGAUAAAAGAUGGAUGUGUUCCUACCUUGCAGGGAUGAGACAGUGGAGAUUGAUGCAGGGCUGCCCCAAGAGCCCCGCUCUCCAUGCUCCUGCUCUGGAGGUCUCCAGGAGGUGGUGGUGUGUGGUGGGAUGGAAUAGGGGAUGGAGGGUCACCCAUCUCCCCCACGACACCCAAAUCCAUGCUGGGAGACACAGUCGAUGCAUCUCAGAGAGCUGUGUGGGAUGAAACACCCCCGGGAGCUCUGCAGGACACUCUUCCCACCUAGGGGACACAGGAGGUCCACCCAGGAUCCCACCCAUCAGCCUGUGCCCCAGGGAUGCUCCUGGCUCGGUAUCGUGGAAAAUAUAGAUUCUUUCCGGAGAAUGACAACCCUACAGGCCAUGAAACAUGAGAUUUUCAAUUCCUCCCAAAAGUCCUGUUUGUUUUAUUAUAACCUGUGGAUAUUCUUGUUAUUCCUGUAAAUAAUCUCUAGCUCCCAAGGGCACAAUAUAGCUGGCAAUAAAUUGGGGCACAGAUUUUGUUGUUUAUUUGAUCAAUGCUCAGUCCCUACCUGAAGCCAAUUUUAUUACUUGAUGGACAACAGAGAUUUGAAAAUAAUGCUCGACUGGGACUGGCUGCAUUUUGGGACUAAGAUACGAGAAUUCUCUAUUUACGGACAUAAGCAGCAUGAUACAGGCAUUAAGUGCAGAUUUAAGAAUCAAAAUUGGUAUCAGCGUUUUGGUUUUGUUUUCUUCUAUAAUAGACAACAAAUUAAGAACAGAACAAGCAAUAUCAAAGGCUAUUAAAAAAGCAAAAGUCACUUUUGCUUUCAUGAGACUUUGCUAAAAAUCAACCACCAUUGGUUUCCUUUUGAGUGCUCACGGAGCCUCCAGUGAUACCAGUAUGAAACAGUGGGCCAUGUUUGCCUUGCUAAAUGGUCUGUACAACUCUAAAAAUGAACAAACCUGCUUUCCCAUGCUGUUUCUUAGCAGUUUAUCUUGCUAUUUUUAUUAAAAUAAUAAUAAUAAUAAUUUUUUUUUUCAUCUGGGAGUCCUUAUUUCCAAGCCAUCCCUUGCUGUCAAUGGUGGGACGAGCAACCCAGGACUGGCCCCCACAUUUGGUUACACUUUUUGGGAGCUGGAUGGCUCUUCAGAUCCGUCACAAAUUCAUGGGUGGAUGCGACGGGUAACUUCCAAUUUUCGGAACAUUUGCCGUUGCGUAAGAUAUUCCAGAGUUGCUGGCCACGAGCUGGUGGUGCAGCAAAUCAGUGUAUGUCUGGUUAAAAAGUGACCAAUAAUGACUAGAACAGACAUUUUCAGUAUGGACAAUUUUAAAGCAGUUGAUAUUUGAAUUGAGAUCAGAUAAAUUCCACCUCGUUCCUCCUUGUUUGCAAAUUGGCACGUUUAUCUCCUUUACUACCCCUCAAAAAAUCACUGUAUUGAAUCAAAAGGGUGUUGGUGGUUCUUUUAUGAAACAAAUCAGUAUCUGCAGCAGCUGUAGCUCUGUCCCGGUGGCCACGUUGUCACCUCAGACCCAGCCAAGGGUCCCUGACCAUCCCAGUAUGGAAGGUUUUUCCAUACCCGCAAUGGAAAUUCGGCUGCAUUGCUCACAUUAUAACAUAGAUUUUUUUCUGCUUAUACAAGAAAAGCUGUGGCCAAACCAGCGGACAACCUGCAUGUGACUUUCUAGUGGUGCUUUCGAAACGGCUGCUGGUGGGCCAGGAGUAGCAAAACUCGAGUGAAUAAGUCAGUACAAUUAAUCAUUAUUCAUUAAAUGUGAAACUGAGGGAAUCGAGGUCGAUAUUUCAAGCAGGACCACGCGCCUGUCAAUACAAACAAGUUACACUUUGCUCUGCAUGUCCUUCUAUUAAAAUUAUUUGAAAACCUG